AUGGGGAAAGUGAGAGGAGACAGAGUGAGCUUCGACCCAGACAGGAUUGUUAUGGCCGGCGGAGCCACCGGAGCUCACGAGACCGUCGCUUUCUACUUGGCGGAUCCCGACGAGGCUCUCCUAGUGCCCACCCCUUAUUAUCCAUGUGCGUACGCGGCUGUGGAUGGGGGUUCUACUGCCCAAAGUUCUUCGGGGGUUUCAUUGACUCCUGAGGAUGUCCGUCGCCUGGUCCAAGAUGCCUUGAAGGAUGUUCUUCCAUCGGCCUUAACUUCAGCCUUUGCUACGGGUGGCGAAAUUGAAAGAUAA